GAGAGAGAGACCAUUCCAAGCACGCCACCACCCAAAACAACCUCCACCCACCCAACACCACCAACCAACCAACAAGGGUGCGGCCAGGGCCAACCCACUCCCAGGAGAAGGAAAAGACAAGUCCCUCCCUUCCUUCCCACCACGCGCGCGAGACAACAAGAGAGAGAGAGAGAGAGACAACAAGACAACAAAGAGCCACCCAGCGCUCUUGCUUUCGUGCUUUUCUUUCUGCCCCCUUUUUUUUUUUCUUUUGCCCCAAGGACUUGCUUGCUUCUCUCCACUUGUUCUCGUUGCUCUUCUCCUCUUCCUCUCCUCAGCUCAAGACCACUGCGUGGCGUGGAACGGCGGCGCAAACCAUGGUGGUGGCUGUGCUUGGCAUCAUCUUGUUGGCACUUGUGAGUGUCAGCAGUGGUUCCACAAGCGUGGACCAGCAACCCGCUGAAGCAACCACCUUUGAGCGCCUCGAUCAAUCUCAGACUGGCCGUGUGACCACCUUCCACAUCCCAUCGAGCGGAGUGUGGCAGAGUUUCACUGCUGGUCUCACUGGAAACCUCACUCGCCUUGAUGUCCUCCUUGGCCAAGCAAAACCCGGGGACACAUGCAACACGUAUGAUGGCGAUCUUGUGCUGUAUGAGGGAAGCGGUCGCUUCCAGGCGCCGUUCUUCUCCCAGCACUCCCAAUUGACCAGCCAACGCGUCGUGGGCUCGGAAUGCCGGUGCACCAGCAAGGACUGCGUUGUGUGGCAGUCAUUUGUGCUGAGCUCCGCUGUUCCUGUCGUAGCUGGAGAGCGCUACUCUUUCUUCCUUUCCCCUCCACACCGCCACCGCCGUAUAUCCUUCCGCGUUGGCCUGGCCGUCGCCGACCUCUACACUGCCGGCAGCAACCACUUUGCGGCACCCGGGUAUGACUUUACGUUCAAGACCUAUGUCAACGUGGACAGCGACGCCGUGGAUCUGAGCCAGCAAGAAGACAGCACGCAGCCCACCGGCAGUCCCGAAGGAUCCACAGCAGAGCCCACCGACCGCAAUGCCAGCAAUAGCGCAGGUAGCGCCGUGCAGACGUCGCUGCUGGUGGCGGGCCUGGUGUGUGCAGCCACCAUCUUCGUGGUGCUGGUGAUGGCGUUUGUGCGGCGGCAGCGUCGCCGCGGCGCGCGGGUGCUGGCACUGGGCACAUUCGCACCGCGCGGCACCGGAGACAAGAACAGCCGCAUGCGUGGUGGCGACGCUGCAGAUGUUGACGCCGUGGUGUUUGACGAUCUCUUCUACCACGAUGACGAUGCGGCGGCAGCAGGGACGUGGCGGCAGACGUUUGAGGCCGCACUCGACGGCCAGCCGGUACAGCGGGCGUGGGAUGCCGAGUCACAGCACUUCACGACAACCGUGUCCGGCGACGCUGGCCUGUGGCAGCGCCACCCUUCACCACUGUCGCACGAGCAAACCGAGGAUGGCGGGCGUGGCGAGGGUCAUGGACACGGGUGUGAUGCUGAGGAGGCUGCUGCUGAGGCUGAGCUGCAUCGGCAUAUGGGUGGUGUGGGUGCACGUGCUGCGCAGAUGCGGGCGCGUGGGCACCAGCAUACUGUGCUGUGGCUUGAGUUCAACGAGCCGUCCGCACAUGACGGCGUGAUGAUGCCGUCAACCACACACAGUGGCAGCGGCGGCGAUCGUGGUGGUGAUUGGGAUAACUGGGACAGCGCUGACGUCUAUGUUGAUGACGCACACGCGAACGUGUCUACCACAUAACGAGUGUGUGUGUGUGCUUUGUGUGUGCGUGUGUGUGCUGUGUAUGCGUGCUUUGUGUUGUUUGUGUCGUCGUGUCUGUGCAUGCGUGUGCUUGUUCGUUGCCUGCUGUAAACGAGUGGCUUGCUGUGGCAGGCUGGCAGGCUGGAUGGCUGGCUAUUGCUCAGCGUCUCAGUCUCCUUGUCAGCCUCCGACCGAGUCCAAGCUGCGUCUUCUUCUGCGUCUUCUCUUCUUCUUCUUCUUCUUACCUUUGGCUCUGUGGAGCGCGUCUUGCCGAAAACCCUGGCCUAAUGGCUUCCUGUCCCUUUCCCUUCUUCUUUCCCCUCCUCUUCAGUUUCUUCCUUCUCUUCGACCUCUUCCUUGCACCAUGUACAAUGACCAAUACAGAGAAAAGGAGAA